CGCGGCCAGUGUGGUCGCCGCGUGCAACUCGAGACCCGGGGAGCGGCUCCUGCUUUGCCCCCCGUGGGGGCCGAGCCAAACCCCAUCUGCGAAGUCCAUUCCGCGGGCUGGAAGAAGCCGCGGCGCCGGCGCCGAGCCCGCAGCGCCUUUGCGCGCGGAUCUGCGGACGUACAAAGCCUGGGCCUCCCCGGCCCGGGACGGGAUGCGGGCUGGUCCCGUACGCUCUGCCAUGAGUGGCGCCUCGCAGCCCCGCGGCCCAGCUUUGCUGCUCCCGGCCGCCCGGGGCUCCCCGGCUAAACGCCUGCUGGACGCGGACGACGCGGCAGCAGUGACGGCCAAGUGCCCGCGCCUCUCCGAGUGUUCAAGCCCUCCGGACUACCUCAGCCCCCCGGGCUCGCCCCCGGGAGCGCGCCCGGGCCCAGCCGCAUCGCCGACUACCUGCUGCUGCCCCUGGCCGAGCGCGAGCUUGUGUCCCGGGCGCUUUGCAUCCACACUGGCCGGGAGCUGCGCUGCAAGGUGUUUCCCCUUAAACACUACCAGGACAAAAUCAGGCCUUAUAUCCAGCUGCCAUCACAUAGGAACAUUACCGGCAUUGUGGAAGUGAUCCUUGGGGAAACCAAGGCCUAUGUGUUUUUCGAGAAGGACUUUGGGGACAUGCACUCUUAUGUGCGAAGCCGGAAGAGGUUGCGGGAAGAAGAGGCUGCCCGGCUCUUCAAGCAGAUUGUCUCUGCAGUUGCCCACUGUCACCAGUCGGCGAUUGUGCUGGGGGACCUGAAGCUUAGGAAGUUCGUCUUCUCCACGGAGGGGAGAACCCAGCUCAGACUGGAAAGUCUAGAAGAUACACACAUAAUCAAGGGGGAAGACGAUGCUUUGUCAGACAAACAUGGCUGCCCAGCCUACGUGAGCCCCGAGAUACUCAACACCACUGGGACCUAUUCUGGGAAGGCUGCGGACGUUUGGAGCCUAGGGGUUAUGCUCUAUACUCUUUUGGUUGGACGAUACCCCUUCCAUGAUUCAGACCCCAGUGCCCUUUUCUCCAAAAUCCGACGUGGACAGUUCUGCAUUCCCGACCACAUUUCCCCCAAAGCCAGGUGCCUCAUCCGCAGCCUCUUGAGGCGGGAGCCUUCCGAGAGACUCACUGCUCCUGAGAUCCUCCUCCACCCCUGGUUUGAGUUUGUCCUGGAACCUGGGUAUGUCGACUCAGAAAUAGGAACUUCAGACCAGAUUGUUCCAGAGUACCAGGAGGACAGUGACAUUAGUUCCUUCUUCUGCUAAUCCCAAAAACCUCAGAAACCUCAUAAUUCUCACACAUGGCAUUUCCAUUUCUAAAGAUGGACAGGCCCUUUGGCAUGAUGCCAACCAGAUACGUGACUGCGUCAAGAUCGUAGCUGCUGAAGUCCACACAGCACCUCCUCUUAUUCAUUGGAACGAGUGACUUGAUUGAUUUGCACAGCAACCACACUGAUUGGCUGCCUUCACAGUUAUUUCUCUUCUUAAUGAACCUUGCAACUAUCCUUUGGUUGGCUCUGCAUCUUUCACAGGUGGCAAAGAGUACAGACAUCCUAUACUGUGUGGUCAAGGAUGAUGGACUUGAACGUUCAAAUGGGAGAGGAAGUAUCAACACAGUGACAUCUUGGGGAGUGACAAAUAAUGUGGGCCAAUAAGCCUGCCGUCUUUGAACUUAAUCUUUGGUAGCCAGACUUGCUACCGUAGCUUCUCUGAUUGGAAAGUUCUUUUUUUGGUUUAACACUCAUCCUUUCUUCACACUCACAUUUACCAAUGACUCUGCUCCAUUUUUGGAGCAGACUGUUUUAGGAACUUGGGAGCCUGCCUGAACCAUGAACUUAGUCUCUCUCCUCCAUUUCCUGCCAAGACCUCCUGUGCACUAAUGCUGUCUCCCUGACCUUGAAACUUUCCCCCUUUAGCUAGAAAAGCACUUACCAGCUGACUGUGGAAAAGUAUCACAAAAGAUUCAAACUCCUGGCUAUUUCAGAACUCUGAGCUCAGACAGAGAGACUGUAGAUUUUAAAAAGUAAUUUGAGCACUUGGAAACUUAACUUUUUAGGUUUCCCUGAAAUAUGCUAGCACUUAACCAUUUACAUUUUCCCCAAGACCAUUGGAGGGUAGAGCAUUUUUGUCUAGGAGGAGAAAGAUGAGAUUCACCACUCCCCCUCUCCCUAAGAGCAAAUGUUCAACAUCUUUGUGCUUCGAAGAGAGUACCUUUUGGAUAAUCUUAGAAGAUUCUCAGACUAACUUCCAGAAUUAUACUUUAACUUCUCAAGGUUAUAGUCUGCCUCUGACAUUGUGUGUGUGUCUGCAGUUUUGCAUGAUGGUGUUAAUAUUUUCAAAUGUGGAAUGGUUUAUGAAUACAUCUGUAUAAUCAGCUUCUGGAGUGAAAUAGCAAGCCCCACAUCUUUCAAGUUGGAAAGGACUUUAAAAGCCAUCUGGUCCAACUUCUUUGCUCUUUCUGCCCCUCCCAAUGCAGAAAUUCCCCCCUCUGCUUCUUUCACCAGUGAGAAUCCAGCCUCCACUUAAAUGCUUCCAGAGAUGGGAACUCACUACCUAUAAAAGAUAGAGCUAAUGGAGAAACUGCAACUUGCAUUUAAAAACAAGUACUAAUGAAAUAUCAGUAACUAUCUUGGACAGUGUUGAAAUCAGGUGGUUAAACGGGUAAACAAAACAUACUGUAUUUUGAGAAAUGGCACAAAAACAGGCAGUCAUUUUUUUAAGGGCUAUGUCUAAGCAAACUACUAACAUGCAUUGUGAGAAUGCCGUGUAUACCUCACGUACUGUGUAUUUUGUACAUAUAUUUUAUCUUUUAUACAUACGUCUUUUUUUGUUUGUUUUUUCUUUUUGUUAUUUUGGCUCUGAGGCUUGUUUUGUCUGUGUCUGUCUGAAUAACCUGCGUGUCUAAAACCACGUGAAAUGUGAAUGAUUAUUGGCAAUAUUACCGUGACAGGAUCAUGGGACUCAGAGAAGAGGGAGGACAGAGGCGUCUGUCGCACUAACGCUCUCGUGGUUGCUCGACUGUUGUAUCUGUGAUACAUUAUCCGGCUAAGGACUCUGGACUGCAGGGGCUUCUGCCGGGAAAGCUAGAAACACUAGAUCCUUCCUGUACAUGUGUAUAUAUGUGAACGGUGAGACAGCCGUUUCUGACUUGUAGAGAAAUUGUAAUAAAUCUGGUUUCGUAAAUA